AUGAAGAUCCCGACCGUCCGGACGGUCCAGGUCUUGUGCCUGAUCGGAUUCUUCACCGGACCUUUGCAGGUGUCGUGUCUCAAAAAGAUUCCCCUCGACAUGUCCAAGAAUUCCGUGGAUGACCAGUAUAUUAACUGCCACCCCAAGAAGGAGUUCAAGGUGGAGAAGCCAGGAUACCUUCCCAUCCCGAUGAAAUAUAUGUCGAUCUGGAAUGCAGCCAGAGGCUACUGGGCCAAACUUGGACCAAGUGUCAGCAAAAUCAAACCAAUCUACGGCACUGCAGUUGUGGCUUACACAAUGGGCGGGGGCCUGUACCGUGAUUUCAACAACGCCGUCCGUGAUGCCGGGAAAUCGAAAUACUCUUACACUCAUUUUGCCUUCAAGGACUUCUUCUUCCUCCUAACCAGACCUGUCAUGGAGUGCCCAUUUAUGACCUCUCGUACUACCCGCACGAAAGGGAAGUUCUCAUCCCGCCGUACGAGACGUUCGUUGUGA